GUCGUCGACGGGACGCGGAUCGCGGCCGGUGGGGUCUGUAGCCGGCGGGUCGGUGUCCGCUCGCUCGGCUCUUCGCCUUCUGCCCCGACGAGGCGUACCUGGCCGGGCUUCCGCAGUCAUGCUGCGGGCGGCGCGGCUGGCGCGGCCCCUCUGAGUCCCGGAACGGCGGCGAGCGCGACGGGCUCGGGUCGCCAUGCCUACCCGAGUAUGUUGCUGUUGCUCUGCUUUGCGUCCUCGCUACAAACGUCUGGUGGACAACAUAUUCCCAGAAGAUCCAAAAGAUGGCCUUGUUAAAGCUGAUAUGGAGAAACUGACAUUUUAUGCAGUGUCUGCGCCUGAGAAGCUUGAUCGAAUAGGUGCCUAUCUGGCAGAGAGGCUGAGCAGGGAUGUUGUCAGACAUCGCUCUGGGUAUGUGCUAAUUGCUAUGGAGGCUUUGGACCAGCUUCUUAUGGCCUGUCAUUCUCAAAGCAUCAAGCCGUUUGUAGAAAGCUUCCUUCAUAUGGUAGCAAAGCUCCUAGAAUCAGGGGAACCAAAGCUUCAAGUACUUGGAACAAAUUCUUUUGUCAAAUUUGCAAAUAUUGAAGAAGAUACACCGUCCUAUCAUAGACGUUAUGACUUCUUUGUAUCUCGAUUCAGUGCAAUGUGUCAUUCCUGUCAUAGUGAUCCAGAAAUACGAACUGAGAUUCGUAUUGCUGGAAUAAGAGGUAUUCAAGGUGUGGUUCGCAAAACAGUUAAUGAUGAACUUCGGGCUACUAUUUGGGAACCACAGCAUAUGGAUAAGAUUGUUCCAUCCCUUCUGUUUAACAUGCAGAAGAUUGAAGAAGUUGACAGCCGCCUAGGCCCGCCUUCUUCCCCCUCUGCAGCUGACAAAGAAGAGAACCCUGCGGUGCUAGCUGAAAGCUGUUUCAGAGAACUGCUAGGCAGAGCAACUUUUGGGAAUAUGAAUAAUGCUGUUAGGCCUGUUUUUGCGCAUUUAGAUCAUCACAAGCUGUGGGAUCCUAAUGAGUUUGCAGUUCACUGCUUUAAGAUUAUAAUGUAUUCUAUUCAGGCUCAGUAUUCUCACCAUGUGAUCCAGGAAAUUCUUGGACACCUUGAUGCUCGAAAGAAGGAUUCUCCACGGGUGCGAGCAGGUAUCAUUCAGGUUCUAUUAGAGGCUGUCGCUAUUGCUGCUAAAGGUUCCAUAGGACCAACAGUAUUGGAAGUCUUCAACACUCUGCUGAAGCACCUGCGAUUCAGUGUGGAAUUGGAAGCCAAUGACUCCCAGAGGGGAUCUGUAGGCAGUGUCACCUCAAGCUGUAAAGACAAUGAUGAGAAGAUUGUGCAGAAUGCUGUCAUCCAGACUAUAGGCUUUUUUGGAAGUAACUUACCAGACUAUCAGAGAUCAGAGAUCAUGAUGUUCAUCAUGGGGAAAGUGCCUGUUUUUGGAACAUCCACUCAUACUUUGGAUAUCAGUCAACUAGGGGAUUUGGGAACCAGGAGGAUUCAGAUAAUGUUGCUGAGGUCUUUGCUUAUGGUGACUUCUGGAUACAAAGCCAAGACAAUUGUUACUGCAUUGCCUGGGUCAUUUCUGGACCCUCUGUUAUCGCCAUCCCUCAUGGAAGACUAUGAGCUGAGGCAGCUAGUCUUGGAAGUAAUGCACAACCUAAUGGAUCGCCAUGACAACAGGGCAAAGCUUCGUGGCAUCAGAAUAAUACCAGAUGUGGCUGACUUGAAGAUAAAAAGAGAGAAAAUCUGUAGACAGGAUACAAGCUUCAUGAAAAAGAAUGGGCAACAGCUAUAUAGGCACAUAUAUCUGGGCUGCAAAGAGGAAGACAACGUUCAGAAAAACUAUGAGCUCCUUUAUACAUCUCUGGCUCUUAUAACUAUAGAACUAGCCAAUGAAGAGGUGGUUAUUGACCUAAUUCGAUUGGCCAUUGCUUUACAGGACAGCGCAAUUAUCAAUGAAGAUAACUUGCCAAUGUUUCAUCGUUGUGGGAUCAUGGCACUCGUUGCAGCAUAUCUCAACUUUGUGAGUCAGAUGAUAGCUGUUCCAGCAUUCUGCCAGCAUGUUAGCAAGGUUAUUGAAACUCGGACUAUGGAAGCCCCUUAUUUUCUACCAGAGCAUAUUUUCAGAGAUAAGUGCAUGCUUCCAAAAUCUUUAGAGAAGCAUGACAAAACUUUAUAUUUUCUGACUAACAAGAUUGCAGAGUCCCUGGGUGGAAGCGGAUACAGUGUGGAGAGGCUGUCAGUUCCUUAUGUGCCACAGGUGACAGAUGAAGAUCGUCUUUCUAGAAGAAAAAGUAUUGUGGAUACCGUAUCUAUUCAGGUGGACAUUUUAUCCAGCAGUGUGCCUUCUGAUGAUGUGGUUAGCAACACUGAAGAAAUCACCUUUGAAGCACUGAAGAAAGCAAUUGAAACAAAUGGGAUGGAAGAACAGGAAAAGGAAAAGAGACGUCUUGUGAUAGAGAAGUUCCAGAAAGCACCUUUUGAAGAAAUAGCAGCACAAUGUGAAUCCAAAGCAAAUUUGCUUCAUGAUAGACUUGCUCAAAUAUUGGAGCUCACCAUACGACCUCCUCCCAGUCCAUCCGGAACAUUGACCAUUACUUCUGGGCAUGCCCAAUAUCAGUCCAUCCCAGUCUACGAGAUGAAGUUUCCAGAUCUGUGUGUAUAUUGACUGGUUCAUGAAGACUACAACAUUUAAAAGGAUUUUAAAGUCUGAAAGCAAGGCCAAGACAAGUUUUUAGGAUUUGCAUAAUGCUUACUGACAUGUCCUGAAAUGUGAUGGGCUCUAUAUCUAACCAAUAUUUGUCACGCUGUAUUACAGGUUUAGAGACUCUGAUUUAGAGUACUUCUGAAGAUCGGCUUAUGCCACAUUAUUUGUUUUGAGGUUCCUAUUAGCUUUUAAGAUUGAACAUGUAUUGCUUUAACAUUAUGCCACUAAAUAGUAUAUUUUAAACUUUACACAGACAUGAUUUUUUUAAAAAAAAGUUGAAAAUGUAUGAAAUGUCUGCUGUAUUUCUUAAGUGUUUACACAACUGCUUAGAAAUGAAUUGCUUUUGUUUUCAUCAAAAGUAAAUAAAUUCUUGAUUCUAGGAUUGUAAUUCUCUCACGCUUCAGAUGAUCUGUGUAGACAUCCCUUCAGUCCUCCAUGGUGACGUGUGGCGGGCAUUCCUAGGGUGUCAGCGAACACUGAAUAGUGUUUCCAUCUAGGCUCCUCUCUGGAAACUGGCCAGGCCUUAUUGGGUCUAUGAUACUGUGUUUUGUGCUUCAAGUUGAGCCCUUGAGCCCUUUAGAGCUCACGCUUGGAGUACGAAAAAUGCAAUUUUUUUCACAUAUAAUGUGUUAGUUUAUAGACUGUGCUUUGAAACUAUAGUUGUAUUUUGCUGUGACUCCAUUAAUUAAAUGAAAUAUAUAUUUACUAUAGAAAAGACAUUUAAAACAGCUACCUGUUCACCUGUGUAGAGUCUAUACAUUUCAGAUUUUUAAAAUGAAUUUACCUUUUAUAUUGUACAUUAUUUUAAGUCUUAAUAGUAAAAAAUUUCCCCAGUGAACCUUAUAAUUUGUAAGGUUUGAACCAAAACUUGUGUGCAUCUCUAUUGAAAAUUAGUUAUAUACUUCAAAACGCUGCGUAUGAUCUAGCUAAGGUAUGUGAGUGUGAGCUACCUUUAUUCCAGCUUGUGAGACUGCAAGGUCAGCAUAUCCUGCACAUGCUAGGGACACCGCCACAUGUUGAAUAUAAGCAUUCUGCAAUUAGAAAAUUCUGACAGCACAGUUUUGUGGAAUCACUUAUAACUCUAGCUUUUCAAAUUCAGUUUUUGUUUUUUUUUUUUUUACAUAAAAACAGUAUUCUUAUCAAAAAUUAUAGCCCCCAAAUAAUUCAGCUUUAGUUCUGUUUUUGUUUAAAACAUAUGAAAUGAAGACUAGGGUGUAGUUUUGGUUACCUGUGUGGUUUUGGUUUCGGGGGCAACAUUAAUACAAAAAGGCAGGUAGGAAAAUGGAAAUGGGCAUAGAACAGGCAUGCCCAAAUCUUUAAUAUUUACAACAGAGUAAAACAUCUUGAAGAGGGGUCCAUUUCCUAAAGCCUCUGCCAGGACAGCCUGGGCUGCCAAUUAAGUGUAGAUCCACCUGACCUUAUCCUUAGAGGGACAGUGCAGCUGCCACUGGAAGACCAGUGCCCUGCUCCAGCUGUCACUGUAGCUUCCCCUCCCACCAGGGAAUAUGUGUCACUGGUAAUGUUAAACUUUAGGCAUUUUUGUUCCCUUUUUUCUUCAUUUUAAAAGAAGAAAUUCUUUUAAAGGCAAUUCUUGAUUGCCUUUAAAAUAUAAACAGGGGGACAUGCAAAAAAACAAUCAUCACCCACUUGGAUGCCAUUUUAUAAAUUAACACUGUGUGCUUUUGUAUGGAAAAGUGUAUAAUUUAAUAGUAUAAGAAAAGAUAUAUAUAUUCACUUGCAUUCAUGAAGAACACAAGCUUUGCUGUACAAAAUUUUUUGUUUCUUAGUUAUUUGAAAAGGCAUGCUUUGCAUGCAAAGAACCCUUGCAGUCAGUCUUUUUAUCACACCUUUAUCUUGGUAUUCAUAAACUGUUGGUUUGAGUUUUGUUACUCUUAAACUACAGUACCCUCUGGAUGUCUUAGGUCCAAUAAACUGAACUGGUCUUGUUAACAAGGAUUCCCAGGCAGUGUAUAUCUGUCUGUCUGUCCACAUUUGCAGGGAUUGCAUUUGAGCAGGUGAGCAGGCUGUGCUGUAGCUAGUUCAGGUACUGAAUCUUCAGGACUUGAUGAGGUUCGUUGCAUUGGUCUGUUUUGGCAGGUACGUAAUACUCAAAUUGUUUAUCAUUGUCCUUGCUGUUUUCAAUAGUUAUAUGUGUGACACUGAACAGUUAAUUUAAAUGUUCCUCCUAUGCUUGUGAUCAUUGUGUGUCUGUGGCUGCUUACAUAGUUUCACUGAACUUUACCUGAACUUUCAUAUUCAUUCUUUCUCUCUUUCCUCCUCUUCCUCUCCCUUCCCUCCAGCCUCCUUUAGAACCCAUUACCUUUAGAGUAAUACCACCUUUAACCAGCAGUUUAACUGCCCCGCUCCCACAAAGGGAACUCAUUUGUCUCACUAAUGAGUAUACAUGUAUUGCUGUAAUGAAGUAAGUUUUAUAAAUGUAAAAUUUCAUUGUGCAAUCAUAUGUAAGCAAUAAAACAAAAAUCGCA